GUUGUCGGUUCCCGAAUGAAGUGUUGACCUUCCACGUAGCUGAUUUUGUUGUGGGGACGCGGUACCGGAACGUGAGAUUGUAUUCAGUUACCAUUCCGGAACACCGGAGAGUAGUAUAUCUCGAAAUUGUGUCUAUUCGAAUUACGUGUCGAGGGUGAAAAAAUCUAAUAAAAUACAUUCAAAAUGAAAAAUUUCUUUUUAUUGAUACUGUUGGCAUUUCCAGCCACACUUCUCACAGUUAAUAACGGACUGUUAUUUGUGAAUGGUGAGGAAGAUGAGAUCGAUGGCGACGCAAUUGACAUUGAAGCAGACGAUGGAACCGUUAUUACUGAUGAUGAGAUGGAGGGAGAAACAACAAAGGCAUCAGCUGAUGCUGAAACUGUAAUCCUUUUCACAAAACCAGUCGUCUCUUCUGCUGCGUCGAUGGAACUACCAGCCGGUGUUUUGGUUGAAUUCCUUGUUGGUUUCACAAACAAGGGUGAAGUUGAUUUCACCAUAGACACUGUCGAUGCAUCUUUCCGUUAUCCAAUGGACUUUAACUUCUACAUCCAAAAUUUUUCCACAAUUACAUAUAACAAAGUAGUAAAGCCAAACCAUGAAGCUACUGUAGCUUACUCUUUCAUACCGUCUGAAGUAUUUGCUGGCAGACCGUUUGGGCUCAACAUUAAUCUCAAUUACAGAGAUGCUAACGGAAUAGGCUUCACUGAUGCAGUCUACAAUGAAACGAUACAAAUUAUCGAAUUGGAUGAAGGACUUGACGGUGAAACUAUGUUCCUCUAUGUCUUCCUGGCAGCUUGUGUCAUAUUGACACUCGUCGGUGGCCAACAGUUAUUGUCUUCCUUUGGACGUAAAUCGCGAUUCUCUUCCGGUCGUAAAGCACCUGUUGAAAUGGGCACAUCUAACCCCAACAACGUUGACUAUGACUGGCUACCUAAAGACACUCUCAACAGGCUAAGUAAAUCUCCAAGAACUCCAAAACAGAGUCCGAGACAGAGAAAGGCGAAGCGGUCCGCGGGGUCUGAUGACUGAUUUAUAUUUACGUAAUUUAUAUACCAGAUAUGAUUUUCAAAUUGCUGGAGUAAAAUUGUAGAUUUUCUACAAUUUGAAAAAGAAGAAAUUUUGUAACAAUAGUGUGUCAGAACCCGAGAAAAUUUAUUUAUGUUUGAACUAUUGUUUUUUUUCUCUCGUUUUUUUUUCACAAUAAAAAACGAUUUCUUAAUCUAGAGCAUAUCGACGCUUGAAUUUUGAAGCGAGGAAAAAAGAACUAGUUUCAUUGUAAAUUUUUGAAAGAAAAAAAAAGCAAUUAUUAGGUUAUUUGAUGUUUAUUUAUGAAAAUUGAUUUCACCACCGGUAUAAAAACCGAAUCCGAUAGAUUCAGUGAAAACCACAUCUUGAUUUUCAUACGUUAACGAACAAAUAAAAAACUUGGCGCGUCGUAGAUAUUAAGCUGCUGCAUGUUAUUAUCAGAUAAAUUUAUCGGGCAGUUAUGAUAUUGACCACUACGAAUAAAAUAGAAAGUUACCGUUACGCGAGUAAUUACAUUUCAAUUGCGAAUUAUUAAUUAUUCAUCUACUUAGCUACAAAAAAGCUGUUAAAUUAUCUCCAAUAGAGUAUCAUAACAGUCCGCAUCACCACGAAUCGUUACAAGAUGAACGGAAUUGCAGUAAAUGAUAAGUAAGAUGUGAAAAUAUAAUAAUUUUUUGAUAAAUUCGUUAAAUUAUUUCUUUCCCCCGCAUAGAAACGUAAAUUUUAGUCUACCGCAAUGGUCGUAUUUCAUAUUUAUAGAAACAAAACUAUGUAUAAGUAGAAAGCGAAUGGACAGAUAAACUGACAUUUCAAUGUUAAGAAACGUUUAAAGUUUGUUGUAAUUACGAUCUACUAGUGCUAAAUAAGUUUUUGCACCAUGCAAUCAUAAUUUAUAGAUAACGACGGUGAUUUUCUUAGGUAUAGAUGCUUAGUGUUUAAGACCAUUGAAGUGUAUGUGAGCAUAGGAUUAUAACAAUAAAUUGUGUGUAUUGAUACGAA